CCGGCCCGCACUUCCGUCAGGCCCCGUCUGCUCGCCCUUUGCUCUCCUUCCCCGCCGCCGGCCGCUCCGAGGGUGCAUCUCUGUCGUCGCCGGGCCCCUCGAGGCUCGCUCCGGCGCCAGAGAGCUGCACCUGGAAGAUGCGCCCGGGGACUGCGGGCACUUUGAAGAUGGCGUUCUUCUUCUUCGCCUCCAUAUGCGCCUGGUAUUCCGGGUACCUGCUCGCGGAGCUCAUUCCAGAGGUAUCCCUGACCAGUGCUGUUUCUAGCAUCCAGAGAAUCUCCGAGAAGCCCCUCCUCAAGGCCCCAGCCCCUAAAAGGCAGAAAUGUGACCACUGGACCCCGUGCCCCUUGAACACCUAUGCCUACCGCUUGCUCAGCGGGGGCGGCAAGGACAAGUAUGCCAAAAUCUGCUUUGAAGAUGAGCUGCUCAUGGGAGAAAAGACUAGAAAUGUUGGAAGAGGGAUAAAUAUUGCCAUUGUCAACUAUAUGACUGGGAAAGCAAUAGCAACACAGUAUUUUGAUAUGUUUGGAGGUGAUAACUCUGGACCGAUGACGAACUUUAUUCAGAGCGCACCUCCAAAGUCCCUGCUCUUCAUGGUGACCCAAGAUGACGGUGCGAGUAGGCUGAAGGAGGAUGCCAAGAAGGUCAUAGAAGCACUUGGAAGUAAACAAAUCAGGAACAUUCGGUUCAGGUCGAGCUGGGUAUUUAUCACAGCAAAAGGCUUUGAGCUUCCUGCAGACAUUCAGAGAGAAAAUAUCAACCACUCUGAUAGUGCGAGGAACAGGUACUCUGGCUGGCCUGCAGAGGUACAGAUAGAAGGCUGCAUACCGAAACAACCGAGCUAACGUUGCACAUGGCCUUAAUAAACGUGUGAUGUGUAGACCCAUGCGGUGUGGCCUGGCCCAAGAAUCUUAGCCAACAGUCAACAUUUGAUGAAUUUUUGAGGUUUGUCUUCAAGCAAGCAGUAUUUGCUGGUUGUAUCCAGUCUUGGCACACAGUACGUUUAUGCCAGAAUGUCUCUAAGUGAAGGCAUUCGUGAGCAGGAAGACUGGAAUGGAUGGGAAUGGUGAGGGAA